CACUGGGAAGUCUCAAGCCUUUUUGAUCUUCUUCCUCGAUCUCGCUCUAGGGUUUCUAGGGUUUAUCUCUCUCUCUGCACAUUCCUCAACCAACCAACCAUGGAGUCUCUAGGGAAGCUACACCUCAAUCAACACCCAAUCCACCUCUCCCUCACUCAAUCCCCUCCAUCAUUCCCCCAAAAACCUUCGUCACUUUCCUUCAAAUCCUUCAAACGCGCUUCCAUCAGAGCUGCUUCCUCAUCGAAAUCAUCACUACCUUCCCGUCUCCUCAAAUCCACAUGCGUCACCUUCACCGCCGCCUCCGCCCUCUUCCUCGCGAAUCUCCACCUCAAACCCCCUCCAGCGAUCGCAUCUCCCCUUACUCCCUCAGUAGAAUCCUUAAACCACCAAAACGUCACCGUUUCGCUGGAAGAAGAAGCGACAUCGCUCGAAAACCACCUAUCCUCCCACCCCGACGACGUUUCCGCCCUCCGCUCGCUAAUGGAGGUAAGGAUCAAAUCCCGCAAGCUUCUAGAAGCGAUAGAUCUAAUCAAUAGGUUAAUAGAUCUAGAACCGGAGGAGAAAGAAUGGCCGAUCUUGAAAGCCAACAUCUUAUCCCACAGCGGAGACUCAGAGUCCGCCAAGAACGCCUUCGAAGAGAUCAUAUCCAAGGACCCUCUCCGCGUCGAGGCCUACCACGGCCUCGCCAUGGCCUACUCCGAUUCGGGAGAUGAUUUAAAGGCCGUGGAGGGGAGGAUUCGCGAGGCCAUGGUGAGGUGCAAGAAGGAGAGGAAUGUGAAGGACCUUAGGGACUUUAAGCUUCUUGUGGCGCAGAUUCGGGUGCUCGAAGGGAAGCAUGAGGAGGCGCUGAGGCUUUAUCAGGAGCUGGUGAAGGAGGAGCCGAGGGAUUUCAGGCCGUAUCUGUGUCAGGGGAUUAUAUACACGCUUCUUAAGAAGGGAGGCGAGGCGGAGAAGCAGUUUGAGAAGUUUAGGAGGCUUGUUCCCAGGAAUCAUCCUUACAGAGAGUAUUUUAUGGAUAAUAUGGUUGCUACGAAGCUUUUCGCGGAGAAGGCGCAGCGAGAGAUGGCUGGAACUAAGGGUUGAAUGGGAGGUGAUGAUGGUUGUUAAGACUUUCCGUGAGGGUUUAGAUGGUUGUAGUAGGUGUUUGAACGUGAAUUUGAUACCUUGAUCGUGUGUUGAAUCUUGAUCCGUGAGAGUUUGAAUCUUUUGCCUGUGUAUUUUUGAAUGUGAUAAUGUUGCUGCUCUCUACUCUGUCUGCACGGGAGUCUAAAUGAUUUGGUAGCUC